AUGCCUUCUUCCACCUUUCUCGAUCGCCCGGUCCUAAAAGUGAGCCGACCCGUUGCGGCCUGCUUAAGAUGUCGCACUGCCAAGAUCAAAUGUGAUGGAAAGCUUCCUGCCUGCUCGGCUUGUGAAAAGGCUGGCAAGGCUAGUACCUGCUCGGGUGCUACUGAUGAGUUCGCCAAGGGAAAGGAAAGAAGCUAUGUUGCAUCAUUGGAAGGCUAUUGCGAGAAACUAGAGAAACGUCUUGCUGAGCUGCGGCGUCGCAAUGAACUUCAAGGCACGAAUAUCAAUAGUGGACAAGAAGUGCCGCAAAGUUCCAUCACAGCAUUUGCCGCCGAAAACAGUAGUUCAAAGGCUCAUCGCAAGGAAGUAAGAGAUAUCGAUGACCUAGUGGGCGACUUUGGCUUUCUAUCGGUCAAUGCCACAUCGCGGGAUUUCCAUGGCAUCACGUCAAAUGUGUCUUUUGCACAGCUAUUAUUGACGUUAUCCACAAUAAAGCCACUCCCGCAAAUAGCCCAUCAGCCAUUACCUUCUAGACAAGAAGCAACGAGGCUUAUUCAGUACUAUUUCGACAAUAUAUUGAUACAGUUACCACUUUUCACCGAAACUACUUUUUGGACUUCUGUAGAGGCGGUCUAUCAAGAUGGAGGCCGGUUCGCGAAGCCAAUUGAUCAAUGGAUGGUCUAUAUGGUCCUUGCCAUUGCAUCUGCUUCUUUAUGGCACCAACAACCGAGCGUCAAUCAGCAGUUCGCUCUGUCAAUGGUAUCGGCAGCAAUUCCACUCGCAGGAGAAGUAUUACAACCUGGUUCGAGUCUUGGUAUCCAGGCAAUCCUUCUUCUCGCACAAUACUCUCUAUUCAAUCCCGAACAUUUUCGUCCUCGUUACUUAGUUUUUUUUGCGUCUCGAGUCAUGAUAGACCUGGGACUUCAUCAAGACCCACCAGCAGAAGUGGUUGUCGACAGAGAGCGUUUGGAGCAACGCCGACGGCUAUUUUACGCGCUUUAUACUUUAGAUCGGAUCGUGUGCACGUCUUUAGGGCAUACUUUUUCGUUUUCCGAUCUCUCCGUUGAUGUUGACCUUCCAAUCGUUCGUGUGCUUCCUGGCGAUUUACCCAAUGUAAAUGUGUUCAUGAAAAAAUCGGACUGUACGACACAUAUGAUCAAGAUUCGCCGAAUUCUAUCAAAGGGCUACCAGCAGAUGUACUUUGAUGGACGAGAUCCUGUGCCUAACGCGCUAGCUCGAACGUGGAAACUCUGUGCAGAUGCGCGAGAAUGGUAUAAUGAUGCACUGGCGACCACGACAAGCUCAUUUGGUCUCUUGUACCGCCUUGAGCUACUGUAUUGCACAAUUAUGUUUUUGUCGCCCUCAUUUGGCGACCCGGAUAUUUGUAAUUUUAGCCGAGUUGUGCUUCUUGACCGAUGCAUUGACUAUGUCAGCCAGCUGCAUCAAGUAUUGGAACAGCCAGGCAGCCUUCCUUUCAUGACAUUUGUGGAUAUUAGACGAAUUUGUCAAGUCGGAGAUCGGCUGGUCAAUAUCUUGGAUGAAAGUUACGAUUUGCUCUUGAGCAAUGAGCUGCCUGAGCCACCAGCCGUUCCUCCAGGCACACCCGAACCUCCUUAUCUUGCCGUGGAAGACCGGAUCAAUUGUCGCUCACGAGCCGCAAGGUGUCUGCAGUAUAUAAUUGAUAUUCUACACCAUGGUUGUACCAGAUGGAAUAUGCGUGAUGAAUUGGACAAUUUCGUGCGGAAGUCGAUGGCAAUCAGGCAACGAUUGUCUCCAGAAGGAGGAUCGUCUAAAGUGGGCUCGCAAGUUCCGCCGUAUACCUACGCCUCACAGGGUGGAUUGCCUGCCAGUGACCAUUCAACACUGCAAACCUACCCAAAUCCCGGUCCUACCUAUCAAUAUCAGUGA